CCUUUUUUUCUUUCUUGCUCGAAAAUUCACCAAAAAAUCAAAAUUUUUCUUGACGGAAAAGAAAUCAGACGCUGCAAGUUCGUCUCUAUAAAUAUUCGGCAAAUUCGAUUACUUCAUUUCGUUUCAAAUUUGACUCCUGUUUUGGUUCACUUCACUAAAUCCUCGAAAACGAACGGACAUGCAUCUCUACAAUGCGUGGCUGCCGCCGCCCGUGGCGGAGCAGACGAAGCGUGAGGCGGAAUCCUUCGCUUCUGUCGUCAGCUCUGUCAAGGCCUUGUACCACCAUGACGAUCCGGAUUCUGUUUACGCUACUCUCAAAUGGAUCUCAGUCAUCGACUUAUUCAUGAAGGCAAAGAGUGAAAUAUCUUUGGAAGAUGUGGGCACGGUUGUGGAACUUGGGUUAGAAUUGUUCAAUAUAUCUCAGAACAAACUCUAUGUCCAGGUUAGAUGGGGUAAUAUGUUAGUCAUAUUACUUAACAAAUAUCGAAAGAAAUUGUCAUUGAAAGUUCCAUGGAGGCCUUUGUAUGACACACUUAUUCAUACACAUUUCACAAGGAACACUGGUCCAGAGGGGUGGAGAUUAAGACAGCGACAUUUUGAAACUGUUACCUCCCUUGUUCGAUCCUGUCGGAAAUUCUUUCCACCAGGUUCUGCCUUCGAGAUCUGGUCUGAGUUCAGGUCUCUUUUGGAAAAUCCGUGGCACAAUUCAUCCUUUGAAGGAUCAGGGUUUGUGAGACUGUUUCUCCCUACAAACUUGGACAACCAAGACUUCUUUUCAAAUGAUUGGAUUAAAGAGUGUAUAGGGUUGUGGGACUCAAUUCCAAAUUGCCAAUUCUGGAACAGUCAAUGGACAGCUGUUAUAGCUCGUGUUAUAAAGAACUACGACUUUACUGAUUGGGAGUGCUACAUUCCCACACUUUUCUCAAGAUACUUGAACAUGUUUGAGGUUCCUGUGGCAAAUGGAAGCGGAUCAUAUCCUUUUUCUGUUGAUGUUCCCAGAAAUACAAGGUUCUUGUUCUCCAAUAGAACAACCACACCGGCAAAGGCUAUUGCAAAAUCAAUUGUGUAUCUAUUAAGACCCAGUAGUUCAGCUCAAGAGCACUUUGAGAAAUUGGUCAACCUCUUAGAGCAAUAUUACCAUCCCUCUAACGGUGGUCGCUGGACUUAUUCAUUGGAGAGGUUUUUGCUUCAUUUGGUUGUUACAUUCCAAAAACGUUUACAGCGUGAACAACAGAAUUCUCAUAAUACUAGAAAGAGUCAACUAUAUCUAGGAAGUUCAGAGAGGACUUCUUUUGUUAAUGUGGUGCUGAAGUUAAUUGAUCGUGGACAAUAUAGCAAAAAUGAACAUCUUUCUGAGACCGUUGCUGCUGCAACUUCUAUUUUGUCUUAUGUGGAUCCUUCUUCAGUUCUUCCAUUUCUAGCAUCCCGGUUCCAUAUGGCCUUGGAGACGAUGACUGCCACCCAUCAGUUGAAAACUGCUGUUAUGUCAGUAGCAUUUGCUGGGCGUUCUCUGUUCCUCACAUCCCUAUCAACUUCAACAGUGAAACCAGCUGAUCUUGAGGGUGGUGAUGGUUUGUAUGUUGAACUUCUGAUGAUAUCUUUAUCAAAUGCAUUAGCUGGUAUGGAUGCCAAUGACCCUCCAAAAACCUUGGCAACAAUGCAAUUAAUUGGUUCCAUAUUUUCCAAUAUAGCAACUCUUGAUGACAAUAGUGAUGAACUUUCCAUGCCAAUGGUCCGCUUUUCUGAAUGGCUAGAUGAAUUUCUAUGUCGCUUAUUUUCGUUACUUCAACAUUUGGAACCCAGUAGUGUUCUGAACGAAGGCCUAAAUUCAUCAGCAACAUCAGGAACAUUUUUGGUUGAGGAAGGUCCUUACUAUUAUUGUAUGCUUGAAAUAUUGCUUGGGAGGCUUUCAAAAUCAUUAUAUAAUCAGGCCUUGAAGAAAAUUUCCAAGUUUGUCAGAACAAACAUUCUUCCUGGGGCUAUUGCUGAGGUUGGACUGCUUUGUUGUGCAUGUGUUCAUACAAACCCAGAGGAGGCAGUUGUUCACCUUGUUGAGCCAGUUUUAUUGUCUUCUAUAUCCUCUUUGGAAGGAACGCCUGUUACUGGAUUUGGAGGCCGAGGGACUACUGAUGCCUCAGUUUCAACCAAGGCAAAACCUACACUUUCUCCCGCUCUUGAAACAGCAAUUGAUUAUCAAUUAAAAAUAUUAUCAGUUGCGAUCAGUUAUGCAGGUCCUGCACUUCUUCGUUACAAGGAUCAACUCAAAGAAGCUAUUGUUUCUGCCUUUGACUCUCCGUCUUGGAAGGUUAAUGUAGCCGGUGAUCAUCUUCUUCGAUCCCUUCUUGGAAGCCUGAUUCUUUAUUAUCCUAUAGACCAGUACAGGUGUGUUUUGCGUCACCCUGCUGCUUCUGCAUUAGAGGAAUGGAUCAGCACAAAAGAUUAUUCUGAUAAUAUACCAGUAGCAGGCCCAAAGUGGCAUGUUCCAACUAAUGAAGAAGUUCAGUUUGCAAAUGAUCUUUUGAACCUUCAUUUUCAGUCGGCUUUAGAUGAUCUUUUGAAGCUAUGCCAAACUAAAAUCCAUUCUGAUACAGGAAAUGAGAAAGAGCACUUGAAAGUGACUCUUUUACGAAUAGAGUCUACCUUGCAAGGUGUUUUAUCAUGCCUGCCUGAUUUCGGGCCAUCCUCUCUGAGUGGGAUGAUGGAAGAUCCUGGUCAUACCCCUUUUCUAAUAGCUGGAGCAACAGGGUCAACUGUAGGCAGUACUGAAUUGCGAGAAAAAGCAGCUGAGAUUGUACAUGCGGCCUGCAAAUACUUAUUAAAGGAAAAAUCAGAUGACAGCAUCCUAUUGAUACUCAUUAUUCGUAUUAUGGAUGCUUUAGGAAACUAUGGAAGUUUGGAAUUUGAUGAGUGGUCAAAUCACAGGCAGGCUUGGAAGUUGGAAUCUGCUGCCAUUAUAGAACCUCCUAUAAAUUUUAUUGUGUCUUCUCAUUCUAAAGGAAAGAGGAGGCCUAGGUGGGCACUUAUUGACAAAGCAUACAUGCAUGGCACAUGGAGAUCAUCCCAGUCAUCCUAUCAUCUGUUUCGUACAACAGGGGAUUUCUUUCCUUCAGACCAUGUGGUUCUUUUGAUGGAUGAUCUAUUGAAUCUCGCUUUGCAUAGCUAUGAAACUGUUCGCUUACUUGCUGGAAAAUCUCUGUUGAAGAUUAUCAAGAGAUGGCCAUCUUUGAUUUCAAAGUGUGUGCUCUCUCUUACUGAGAAUUUAAGGAGUCCAAGCUCACCAGAAUAUGCUGUCCUAGGAUCUUGUGCAGUCCUCUCUACACAGACAGUACUCAAGCAUUUGACAACGGAUAAGAAGGCAUUCUCGUCGUUUCUACUGGGGAUUCUUUCAAGCUCCCAUCAUGAAUCACUAAAAGCUCAGAAAGCAAUCAAUGAGCUGUUUGUCAAAUACAACAUCCAUUUUGCCGGGGUGUCUAAGAGCAUAUUAAAGACGAUGGAAAAUCAUAAAGAAGGAUCAGAUUUUGCAGAUUUGGUUUCUCAGAUUGGUUCUUUGAGUUUUGAUUCUACUCGCUUGCACUGGCGGUAUAAUCUAAUGGCUAAUAGAGUUCUUCUCUUAUUAGCUAUGGCAUCUAGAAAUGAUCCAAACUUCUCGUCAAAGAUCUUAAGUGAAACCGCUGGUCACUUCUUAAAGAAUUUAAAAAGUCAGCUUCCUCAAACUAGAAUUCUUGCAAUCUCAGCCCUAAAUACACUACUGAAAGAAUCACCCUAUAAAAUGUCAGUGGAGGAUCAACCAGUAUCUUCUGGGAACUCACAGGGAAAUGUCAAAUCAUCUCUGGAGGGAGCAUUGAGCGAAAUUUUUCGGGAAGAGGGAUUUUUUAAUGAGACUCUUAACAGUCUUUCACAUGUUCAUAUAAUCACAGAUACUGAUAGCUCAUCUUCUAGAGGAAAUCAUGGAAAUUCUUCCUUCCAAAGCCUAGCGGACAAAUCAAUCACCCGGUUUUAUUUUGAUUUUUCAGCUUCGUGGCCACGUACUCCUAGUUGGAUUUCUUUGUCAGGAAUUGAUACUUUUUACUCCAACUUUGCCCGGAUUUUCAAGCGGCUAAUACAAGAAUGUGGCAUACCUGUUAUAUUGGCACUUAAAAGUACAUUGGAGGAGUUUGUGAAUGCCAAAGAACGGUCCAAGCAAUGUGUUGCAGCUGAAGCAUUGGCUGGGCUGUUGCACUCUGAUAUUGAUGGUCUUUUAGAAGUGUGGGAUAGCUGGAUGAUGGCCCAGUUGCAGAAUAUCAUUCUUGCUCCAUCAGUAGAGUCCACUCCUGAGUGGGCCGCUUGCAUACGCUAUGCUGUUACUGGAAAAGGGAAGUAUGGAACAAAAGUUCCUCUUCUGAGGCAACAAAUUUUGAAUUGUCUAGUGACACCUUUACCUCCAACUGUGACUACAACUGUGGUAGCAAAGCGCUAUGCCUUCCUUUCAGCUGCACUCAUAGAAAUAUCCCCACAAAAGAUGCCAUUACCCGAAAUACAGCUACAUGUCACUCUUGUGGAUGAGUUACUUCAUGACAUGUGCCAUUCGUCAGCCCAAGUAAGAGAGGCUAUAGGUGUUACCCUUUCUGUGCUGCUCUCAAACAUUCGGCUCUACAUGUCAUUUCCGCAUGAUCAUUCAUAUGAAGGGAAAAACAUUGACAUUGAUAAUCUUUUUAAAGAGGAAAGAUGGGUUCAGUUUCUAGCAGAAAGAGCAUCUGAAGCAGUUAUGAACAUUCAGAAUAAUAGUAAUUCUGACAGUUCAGAGAUGUCAACUGAUAUUAGCACUCAAAAUGGGCAUUUGAAUGGGGAUUCACAAGAGGAUGCCAAAUGGAUGGAAACGUUAUUCCAUUUUAUCAUCUCAACUUUGAAGUCUGGUAGAUCUUCAUGUUUGCUGGAUGUGAUCGUCAGACUCCUCUAUCCUGUUAUAUCCUUGCAGGAAACUUCAAAUAAAGACUUAUCAACAUUGGCCAAAGCAGCUUUUGAAUUGCUUAAAUGGAGGAUUUUCAGUGAACCUCAUCUUCAGAAAGCUGUUUCAGUUAUUCUGUCUUCUGCCAAUGAUUCUAACUGGAGGACGAGAUCAGCUACUUUAACGUAUCUUCGAACUUUUAUGUACAGGCACACAUUCAUUCUCUCAAAGAUGGAGAAACAAAAUAUCUGGAGAACUGUGGAGAAGCUACUUACCGACAAUCAAGUUGAGGUAAGGGAGCAUGCUGCAGCUGUUCUAGCAGGCUUAAUGAAGGGUGGGGAUGAAGAUUUAGCUAAGGACUUCCGUGACAGAGCUUAUGAGCAGGCGAAUCUUAUUCAAAGGAAGAAUAAGAGGAAUUUGAGUUCCAGCCAGUCAAUCGCCUCCAGACAUGGUGCUGUGCUUGCUUUGGUUGCUUCUGUGUUAUCAGUCCCUUAUGAUAUGCCCAGUUGGUUGCCUGAGCAUGUUACAUUACUGGCUCGUUUCGGCGGGGAGCCAACACCAAUUAAAUCUACCGUGACGAAAGCAGUUGCAGAGUUCCGUCGUACUCAUGCUGAUACAUGGAAUCUACAGAAAGAUUCCUUUACCGAAGAGCAACUUGAGAUUUUGGCUGAUACGUCCUCCUCAUCAUCAUAUUUUGCUUGAUCUACAUUACUUGUAAGACAAAAAUGUACUAGAAAUACAAUGAUUGGGAGUAUAGCGAGAAUAUAUUCUUUUCAGAGUAAAUUCUAUCAUAAUUUGUAUAUGAGUUUUAUUUACAUCUGUAUCUUAUAUCAUUGGGGUUGAGUUUAUUGUA